UAAAAUGACAACCAAUGAGACACUUCCUCCUAAUCCCUUAAUCUUUCAUUAUAAUUCCCCAUGACCCUUCUUCUUCUUCUUCUUCCUUCUUGCCCACUACUGUGAUCUCGCCGGAGACACCUCACCCUUCAAUUCAACCAUGGCAAAAAACCCACUUCAAAUCAAGCCCUCACGCUCCCUCUCUCUCCUCCUCAUCGGAGCUACGAUGGCUCUCAUGGUUUGUGCUCUCUGGUUCUUCACCCACCCUUUGUCUACCUCCACCAAAUCACCAAAACACGUAUCGGCUUCCGACGGUGUCACCUCCACCCAAUAUUGCAACCCCCGUUCACGCGCCGCCGUGGACCUCCGCCACGACCCAGCCAACCCCACAUUCUACGACGACCCAACUCUCAGUUACUCCAUAGAAAAGCCCAUCGAGAACUGGGACGAGAAGCGGCGAGAGUGGCUCCUCCACCACCCGUCGUUCGCCGCCGGCAGCGACGGCGAUCGGAUUCUACUCGUCACAGGAUCACAGCCGUCGCCUUGCAAGAACCCAAGAGGUGACCAUCUGAUGUUGAGAUUUUUCAAGAAUAAGGUUGACUAUUGCCGAAUCCACGGCUACGAUGUGUUCUACAGCAACACCUUCCUACACCCGAAUAUGCGCUCUUAUUGGGCCAAGUUACCACUUAUUCGGGCCGCGAUGGUGGCCCACCCGGAAGCCGAGUGGAUCUGGUGGGUCGACUCGGACGCUGUGUUCACAGAUAUGGAGUUUAAGCUUCCACUGAAGAGGUACAGAGAUCAUAAUCUGGUGGUGCAUGGUUGGGCCCACUUGAUCUAUGAGGAAAAAAGUUGGGUGAGUGUGAAUGCCGGUGUGUUUCUGAUCAGAAAUUGUCAAUGGUCCAUGGAUUUCAUGCAAGUAUGGGCGAGCAUGGGCCCACAAACCCCGGAUUUCGAGAAGUGGGGCCAGAUUCAGAGAUCAACGCUUCCUGAUAAGAUGUUUCCAGGAUCAGACGAUCAAUCGGGUCUGGUUUAUUUGUUAUUAAAAGAGAGAGAGAAAUGGGCGGAUAAGAUUUACAUAGAGGGUGAGUACUAUUUCCAAGGAUAUUGGCUUGAUAUAGUGGGGACAAUUGAUAAUGUCACGGAGAGUUAUGUUAGAAUAGAGAAGAAGGUGCAUGAAUUAAGGAGAAGACGAGCGGAGACAGAGACCGAGGGUUACGCUGUGGUGAGGGAACCGUAUCUAAAAAAUGCGGGCUAUGGGAAAGAUGGUUGGAGGAGACCGUUUAUCACGCAUUUUACGGGAUGUCAACAUUGUAAUGGAGAUCAUAAUCCGGCAUAUGCUGGUGAUUCUUGCGGAUUUGGGAUGGAGAAGGCAUUAAAUUUUGCUAAUAAUCAGAUCCUUCGUAAAUAUGGUUUCUUUCACCCUAAUUUACUAAAUCCAACUGAUUUGUCGGAGUUGCCGUUUGAUUUUUAGCAAGUGUAAUUUUCUUCAUCUACUUUUAUGAUGAUUUUUUUGUUAGGGUCUGUAGUAGUUGAUAUUAAUGAAAGGAUCAUUCAUUAA